GGAAACGAAAGCCAGUCAGUUGACAUAAUGAUUAAGCAUUGGUGAUUUGAUUUCGCUACAAAACAGAUGUUAAAGUAUUUACUGUGAGCAGAUGAAAUUGCAAUUGGACAAAAACUUUUCAUGGAAAGAACAUGUUACUUGUCACAUAACUUGCUCGCUCAGUGAAAGAGAGACACCACAUGUUUUUAGUUUUCAAAACAAAUCGAGGUAUAAACUCAUGAACGUUGAUUGUGUUGUAAUGAUAAUCUCCACAUUCAAAUAAUAGCUGCACAGAAGAUUAUUUAGUUGAUGUCGAAGAAGCAAUUUGAAGAUAGUAAAUGUUGCACUCCAAACCGGCUCGUUGCGGCAUUUGUAAUCAUAUUGAUUCUUCCUAUGUACACAUUUUUAAUUCACAUAUCAGGACUAAUUAACAUUAAUAAAAAACCAGCACAGUUUGAAGUAGAAUCACCAAUAAACGCUAUUAAUGUCGAACUAAUGAAAACCAUUGAGAUUCUUCGUCCAGACAAAAAGAUUGAAUAUUACAAGUAUUUAUCUAAUUUGCCAGGCAGUCAAAAGAACCACGCACGCAUAGGACAUGGGCAAUGCCUCCCACCGUUGAAAAGCAAUGAAACCUCAAACGAAACACAGUUUAUACUUUUAACUGAUUUUAUUCCUUACUUUGAGGAAGCACAUCGAAAUAACAGUUUAAUAUCGCAACAAAGGCCGCCUACAGACGAAGAAAUCGAGGCAAGACUUUACGAGUUAGUAGAAACAUUAAACGGCAACUUGAAACAUGCUAACAUUAAAGCAGUAUAUGUAUUUGUCAAUACGGUGACAGCGGUUGAAUAUCUUCAUUCAUUGAGUUUAUCUAAUAGCGAAAAUCUAGUUAUACAACAUGAAGCCGUGCAGCACACAUUCAAAACUCUUGUCCAGUACGCUUCUGAAUGUUUAGAAGACCAGUUGGUGAUUAUUGGCCAACAGGACAUCUUAUUUGGUAAAGGCUGGGACAAAGUUAGUCACAAGGUAAUGUCUGAGCGUCGUUUGAUGUACGCAUUGACGAGACAGCCAGCUUACCAAUCAAACUGUUACUACGGUGGUAAAGGUAGUCUUAAUUGUAAGGAUAAUAACUAUAUGGGUAGCCAUGAUGUGUUUGCGUACCAUGUUAAGGGUUUGUUUACACCUAAACUGCUUGAGUUAUUGGAUAUGGAACAAAAUAAAUAUGGAGCAGAGAACGUUUUUAUUUGGGCGUUUAAAGAGAAGUUGAAGUACAAUGUUACGAAUCCAUGUUCUAUAUUGUACACACAUCAUCAACAUUGUGUUCCGUUACGUGCAAAGGAUAAGAAUCGCGCACGGGUAAAUAAGGCCAACACCACUGGGAUGGCUUCGUUCACCGAUAAACUUGUACCUUAGUAGCUAUAGUUUGACAAUUUUCACGUUUCAUCGUAUAGAUAGUUUUCUCUCUCUCUCUCUCUUUCUCUCUCUCUUUAUAUAAGAGAAGUUUUAGCCCAAAGUUUAAAAAUUGCAAUAUAUUUCAAUACUUUGAAGUUUGUAAAGAUUUAUAAUGGUAUUUAGUGUGUUUUUUAAAUUUUUUAAAAAUAAAUUUUUUUAAAGGG